AUGUCUAUCCUCUCCCGCGCCCUCCAGCUCGCGUUCGUCGCUCUCGGCCUCUGCCUCUGCUUCUCUGGCCUGGCGUCCGCGCAGCCCAUCUCAGCCCGCGUCCUCGCCAUCUCGGUCAAGACGACCAACAACGUCUGCCGCGCCGGAAAGCCCUGCGAGCUCGAUGUCACCGUCCGCAACACCAGCGCGAAGAAGCCGAUGACCGUCCUGGCCUGGAACAACCCGCUCGACCGCCUGGCCGACCAGCUCGGCGUCUUCGAGGUCCGCGACAGCAAGGGCAAGGUGGUCGACCUCAGCUACAUCCAGGUCCGCCGUGCCACUCCUCCACCAGCCUCCGACCUCGUCGAGAUCGCGCCCAACAGCUCCAUCAACGUCAAGGUCGCCCUGCGCACUCUCUCCGAGGCUGAGCUGCCCGCCGGAACCAAGUACACCGUCACCGCCACCGGCUGGUGGCAGGCGAUCUGGGCUGAGACCAAGCAGACCGUCGUCGCGAACUACCUGCAGGACAUGUCCGGCUCUUUUGGCGGCGACUUCAGCUCCAACAAGGCCCAAGUCACCAUUGUAAGCGCUCCCAAUAAUGUCCUCUUGACCGGUAGCUAA